UGGUUUUCAAUGAAUUUACUUUCAAAAAGUUGAUGUAAAACAUGCAUUUUGGCAACCAUUCAAACUACAGUCUGAUGCUAAAAAAAUCAUUUCUUAAUCACUACACCAUUCCGAUUCCUCCAGGAGGGUUGGUCGAUUCAGCUUUUGAAUGAAGGAAAAACAUGCAAAUGUUGGGGUGCCAAAAAACACGAAUAUUUGCAAACCGUUUUAGUUGGAACUCUACGUUGGAGCUAAAGCAAUGAAUGCAGUAAUAAAGUUCUCAAAAUGCAGUAAUGCAGUUUCUCUUUGUUAGCGCACCGUUUUAUCCCCACCAACAUUUUUAAUUAUUUUGAUAUCUGCGCUUUGGGGUCAGUGAUGAUAUAAGGAUGCCGAUAGGGUAAAUUUUGUUUGAUCUAAAUUACAUCAUCCUAUAUGAUUUAAAAAUAUACUAAACAAAAUCUUUUCAAGCGCUACUAGUUAAUGCGGACAUUUUUAAAGAAUAAAACGGUUAAAUACUCUAACCGCCAUAUAUUUCUUCGCCACCGAAAACAACUUAAGUUACAGUGACCUAUUUGAUGUCUUGUAGUUUUGCAGCGUUAGUGUUAUCGAAUAUUUGAACAGACGCUAUUACCCGUGCCUGUUAUUAGAGAGAAAAUUAAGAAAAUCUCAAUAUUUUUGACCACAAGUCAAUAGCAAAACUUGAUGUUACUCUGCAGACGUAUUACGAUUUUUGCAAUGAUUUCCAGUUUUCAAUUACAAGCAAUAACGUCAACAGUUCAUCAAUUGCACGUCAAAUAAUCUUUCGUUUGUUAUCUUACAAUUGUAUUGUGCGCUUUUUAUUUUCAAUUAAAAACGCAUAUAAAGUUCUCGUGCUGCGCACAUGCCUACAUUCUAAUCUUUCCAGCAAAACGUCAUGGCUGAUAGGUGAUGUGGCGACUGUAGCCCCGUUGUUGAAGAGAUUUUGUGGGAAUGCCCACCUAAUAAAUCACUGCUUUUAUUAUAUCUCUCUUGCGCAAUUGUUUCUCCUUCAUCGCUGAGUAUUACCCACGUACUAUUGCUGGUGCUAAAUACUAUGCAAAGCCCUCUGGAUAAGGUCAGGUCAUUAAAACUCGUCAAUUUACCGUCUGCAGCAGCAAAAUGCUGCACAGGAUGCAAAACUAACUGAUGAAUUAAAGAAAGAACAAUGAGUACGAAUGAACAUACUGUUGCACUCGGAAACAUAUGAUUUUAAUAGGCGCCGAACCACCUAAAUCAAUCAGACUCUCUAUCAUUUAAAUCUUUUUUAUACACUUAAUAUGUACAAUUAAUGCCAGAUCAAUGCUGUCAUAAUAUUACUCCCAUUAACCUCUGAAAUUCUAAAAAAAAACGCUUCUAUCAUUCUUAAGGGAGAUGUUUCAGGUAGAUAUAUGACACCUAGUUAUUCAAAAUACUGAAACCCUCAUUCAUCGCAAAACAUUCAAAUGUUUAGUUGAUAUUUUUCAUAUAGAUGCAAAAUUUCUACGCAAAACUGAGGAAAACAAACGUAAUGAAUAAUCAUCUUGAAACAAAAACCUACAAAAAAAAAUAGCAGUAGAACCAAUAGGGAAUGUUGUCAGAGUUGAUCAAGCUAAUGAAAGAAUAAUGAAUUCUUUAUAUUUCACCACUUUGGAAAAAGCGUGACUCGAUAGUGGCUGAUUGCGGUAAAUGAGAGCUAACACAUGAAAUGCCUAAAGAAAACAGAAAUCUCAUGUUGAUCGUAGCAUGAAUCAUUUAUUCCAAAAGUGUUCUACACUUUCUUCCGCAUUCAACCGCAAGUAACGGUGUAACACUGUUGCUUGAGAAAGGAAAGAAGAAAAAUCAAAAUUUUGAAACAAACAACCAGCACAAAAACAUGAAACACAAAUAAAAUGGUCUAUAAAGCAACAUUGGAAAAUCCAUUUGGACGUGGCGCGCAACUUACGAUGGCCCAAAAACCGAAACACCACACUCAAAUGGGAAAUUACUUAGGGGGUCAUGGAAAAGAAGCUACCUUUUUCUAGAAAUAGUGCAUCUUUUUUACCUUUGAGAAAAGAGUGAUUAAUCGCAACUGAACAAAACCAGACAAUGCCAUGAUGCUAGGUUGGCGUAUUUUAUAAAUCAACAAUCGUUAUAGAUAUCCAGUAUCCAACCCGCGCCCUAUCCGCGACCAAUGAAAAAGUAGCCUAGAUGUACGUAUAGAAAGAAUAGUAGAGCAACAUUGUACAGAAUUGCUAAAUUAAACAUGAAUAGCAUGGUAGUGUUCAUGUGAAAAUACAAAACUAAGAGUUGAAUAGAAAUUGUAAAAAACAAACACAUGAAAUGAGGUUCGGGAUUCGCAUAUAAAGAACGUUAAAACACAAACGCUAAAAUUUAUGACAUUAGCGUGCUUUUUUAAUAACCGGUUGCUACAUUUUUAUUUUACUGUUGCGAUUAGUUUUUCACAUGAUUAUAUUUCAACAUCAUCUUGUUAGAUAAACAACACUUUCCGUCGCGAUAAAUAACGAACAUAUGCUAGAUAUUGUUCCCCCUUUGUUCUUUUGCUUUCGGAAUUAAGCUAGGGUAACCCAUUCGUUUCAUAGAUACUGGUAUAUCAGAUUGUUAAUCAAUGAAAUUCCCAACAAAAGGCCUUCCCGCAUGGUUUUUUUUUAAUAUCAUUAUUUAACACAAAUUGAGGACAAUUUAUCAAAACUUGUUUUCUCAGCUCAGGAGUAGGGGCUUUGCACAAACAUCAUUUCAAAAAUAGAAAAAAAUAUAUUAGAAGAAGGAAUUUCGAUUCAUUUCCAAAUGAACAAAAGGACUCACAAAGAAUUUCAAAAAACACAACCAUAAAAGAAAACUCUUUUUCUCUAUUCCUUUCAUCCUUUUCGUGCUUCAUAUAUUGUGAUACCUUGGUCAUAAUUUGUUGGAGCUUUUGUUGAUACGCAUGGCUUUUGGCACAACCAAGAAGGCCCCCGCUCGGGGUAGAGCAAUGGCAGAAGAACCGUUCUGUUCCCAAACAGGUCUAAAAGAAGAAUUUUAAUCCUUAAAUUUGUUACACGUAACUAGAGCAUAUUUUUAAAUAUUGAACACAUAAAACCGGAAUGCUAAAAACAAACAACUGCUGUAUGUUUCUCGUUGCACAAGUCGUAAUGAAUCAACGUAUUUAGCGCGAAAGAAGUGAGUGAGUGAAAUACUAGAAAAGUCGGGCUGAAGUGGACGAAAGGGUGAGCUGGAGCGUAGAACAAGGGUGUGAUAUCAAAAUAAAUGAAAAUCAACAAAACACUGAACAAAAAUGCAACACCUUAUGUAGUAAUUAUUUACAGUUGUGAAAGUCUAUGGGAGACACCUAACUUCUCAAAACCUAUUGGAAACUUUAAAGCUAAAG